AUGAACGCACCCCAGAUCCCCGAACGUCGCCCCAUCAAGAGGGUAUUGCAACGUACGGAGGAGGAAAGUACGCUGGAGCAUGAGAGGGAUUCUCUGAACCUUGAGUAUAAACGACUGACGAAACAACUGAAGCCGCAAAACAGCUUCAAUUCGGCUUAUUGGGAGACAGCGGCGCAAGUGCACGAGAUCCGUGGUCUAAGAAGCGAGGUCAGGCGCAAGAUUUCGGUUCGAGAUUUCAUCAAUGCCGGUGGAGAUGAAGAAGGAUGGGCAAGAUCGGAGGCGGCCGCUAAUUUUCUAACGGAAUCGAAGGCUGAAAAGGUUCGUGGGGACAUAUGUCGCCGGCAGGCAGAAAGGGUAGCAGUACCACCGGAUGGAAGGAUGAAACCCUUCCGGCGAUCAACAUCAAGCAAGCUGGGCAUCGGCAUUACAGGUACGGGUAUGGGGAAGCGGGAUUCCACCAUGCAAGGCAGGUUCCGUGCCGACAUGAUACAGGCGUACAAUUCUACCUGUGACAAGGGGGAAACUACCACAGAGUUGUUGUGGUGUCCCAUCCGCUCCAAUUGGUUCAACAAGGACACUAUGACGGCGGCACACAUCUUUGGGGUGAUGCAUGGUCAACAAAUGAUGGACACGCUGUUUGGGGAACGCGAUGAGCCGGAGCUUUUCUUGCCUCGGAAUGGCUUGAUCAUCCACACGGCCAUAGAGAAGAAGAUCGAUUCAGGGUACUAUGUUAUCGUGCCCUUGCUGCCCGAGAAUCCGACGCCCGAGCAGCAUCAUCAAUGGCAGACCACGGAGCCGAAGGAGUACCAACUCAGGGUAUUAAACCCGAAUGACCCCUAUGGGACAAAGAUAAUCGACACUGACGGCAUAACCUAUAACGACCUGGAUGGAAAGAAACUGGAGUUUCGGAGCGAUUUCCGGCCGCGGGCACGAUAUCUGUAUUUCCUUUUCUGCGUCUCGGUCCUUCGCCAAGCUUGGAAGGAAAACCGCGAAUACAACAUCUUACGAAAAAAGCUGGGCAAGUACUUUUGGGGUACAGGGGGCCGAUACAUAAUGAAUAAUAUGCUUCUCUCUUUGGUGGAAGAAGUUGGGCACACCGGCGCAGACCUUGGGGAGAUUGCGGAGCGGGAUCAAGACGACUCCGGUGAGGAGGACAUUGUGCUAGCUGCAGCGAGCCAGCAAAUCCAAUCAGCUGCAAAGAAUAGCGAUGAUGAGGACGACGAGGACGAUUAUGAUGAUGACGAUGACGAUGAUAACUAG